AUGUCGGAACACGGAGCAGAGCACGGGAGCCAGGGCGCCGCAGCCCCAGAAACACAACGCAGCAUUUCUGGGCGUUUGCUGGGCCUUCGCUUUAUGCAACGAGCGCUGGAACGAACACAGCCUGAGCACCGGGAUCAUCUGCGCACUACGGGAACGCUACCUCAUCAAACUUCGGGCAAAGCACGGCACUCAGUUGAAAAGAAAGCACAACAGCCAGCGAACGAGGAGCGAAGGCUCCUUGUUGUGUGUGAUUACGAGUACAGUGUAGCUGCUGAGGACCUGAAGCUGAGUCAAUAUGCCACAGCUCGACAGCGUUACGGCUUCGAGACAACAGCGGUUUUUUUUGAAGAAGAAGCGACGACCGGUCUGGUGCUAGCUCGCACCGAGUCUUCGCCCAACAACGUCGAUGAAACCUUGCGGCAGGCACCGGGGUCGACACCUCGGCACCCCGAUACGCGUCACGGAGACGAGCGCUUCCGCGAACUAGCCCAUGAUGGCCGCGCUCGACGGCGGCUAGAUGGUUCGCGUGUGGCAAAGCGUUCCGCACCGUCUUCGCUCGCCGAAGCGUCGUUCUGCAGCGUCCGUGGACACCAGCGGAAACCGUGUCGUUUCUCAAAGUUGACCAGGUCGUCGCAACAAGGAGCAACUACGCGAAGACGCUAG